AAUUACUUAUUUAACUCAGUUGACGACGUACGUACAAUACUUAAUUAGAUUCCCCAUUCACAACAAAUAUCUUUUCUUUAUUUUCUUUUUUAAUAAAUAAAAAAUACAACUCAUUUUUUAUGUCUUUCUUAUCCAUAAUCACACAGCAAGUAGGUCAUUUAUGUCCGUCUGGAUCCAGUUUAGCCCUUUGAUCUACCUUUUUCUUUCACACUUAAGCAACCUCAAGUUUUAAUAUUCUUCUUCUACUGAUUUUCCAUGUCUAUUAUGGUUUUCUCUCAUCAUUUUUGAAUCUACACACCUUUCUUUCUACUGCUUUUCUUUUAAUCUUAUCAUCGGCAUUUUCCCACCUAGUUGAUUUGGGCAGAAUACCCACAAAAAAAGGGAAAUGUCUUUUAGAAGCAUAGUUCGUGAGCUUAGGGAAAUGAAAGGUGGGAUUGGGAACAUGUCAAAAAGAGUAAGUGAAGGAAAGCAUUGGAGAAGUAGAACAAGGUCACAAACUGCCAUUGUUCCUGAUGAAGCAGCAGCUGCAGUGCCAUCCUCAACUCCUUCAAUUCCUCAAUCUCAGUGGGCAAAUUUGCCACCUGAAUUGCUUUUAGACAUUUUGAGAAGAGUUGAGGAUAGUGAAACUUCAUGGCCAGCUAGAGCUGUUGUUAUCUUUUGUGCCUCUGUUUGUAGGUCUUGGAGAGAUAUUAUAAUUGAGAUUGUCAAAACUCCUGAGCAAUGUGGAAGAAUCACAUUUCCAAUCUCAUUAAAACAGUCUGGUCCUCGUGAAAAUCCAAUACAAUGCUUCAUUAGAAGGGAUAGAGCAACAUCAACAUAUUAUCUGUACUUGGGUCUGGUGCCUUUGUUAUCAAAAUUGAUAGCUGAGAGCGAGAGGCAUAAGUUGUUGUUAGCUGCCAAAAAGAUUAGAAGGACAACAAACACAGACUUUGUUAUAUCUUUGGUUUCAGAUGAUUUUUCCCGGACCAGCUCUAAAUAUGUUGGUAAAUUAAGGUCCAAUUUUUUGGGUACUAAGUUCACUAUCUACGACAGCGAGUCACCGUGCAAUGCUGCUCCUACAGUUCAACCGAGUAACCAUUCGAGUAGAAGGUUCCAUUCUAAGCACCAGUCUUCAAGAGUACCGGCUUGUAAUUACAGUGUUGGGAGUAUCUCUUAUGAGCUUAAUGUUCUUCGAACAAGAGGUCCGAGGAGAUUACAUUGUGUUAUGCACUCGAUUCCUGGCUCUUGUAUUAAGGAGGGUGCUUCUACCCCAACACCGAUACAAAAACCGUUAUUGCAUACCACCUAUAACGAGCAGCAGUUUUCUUCUCCCUUACUGAGCUUAAAGGGAAAAGAGCCCGCCACAGAGUUCAGCUCCACUAGCUUGGCAAAGCUGCCAUCGUCGGUUCAGGGUGAUGAAGAGCCUCUAGUUCUGAAAAACAAGGCUCCAAGAUGGCACGAGCAACUUCAAUGUUGGUGCCUCAAUUUCAAAGGACGUGUUACCGUGGCAUCUGUCAAGAAUUUUCAGCUAGUCGCAGCCGUUAAUCCAUCACACAACAUAUCAGAGGCAGAGCAAGAGAGGGUGAUCCUGCAAUUUGGAAAGAUCGGAAAAGACAUAUUCACAAUGGAUUAUCGUUAUCCACUCUCUGCAUUCCAAGCCUUUUCAAUCUGUUUGAGUAGCUUUGACACUAAACCGGCGUGUGAAUGAAAGCUCGGGUUGGCUAGAGAUCUCUCACUCAUACUUUGAUCAAAAUUUGCCCUUGAAUGAAUGAAAUUUUCAUCCAUUACCUCUGCAUCUUUAUCAUAUGUUAGGAAUUGUAUGUUGCAUUAUCUGUAUUAACUGAAAUUUGGAUGUAACUUAAGGGUAUUUAUUUAUAAUGUGGUGAUUCCAAUUGAAUCUUUUACUGUUUCAAA